AGAACGAACAAACGAAACCCUGUCACCGCAAUACAGUACAAGUACAAGUAGCAGUCACCGGAGUUCGAAGGCCCUCGGUUGAUUCCAUUUAUCGCCACCGCAACAGCCGCUGUACCUUACCUAUCUACGGACGGGCAGAAGACAAAGGCAACCAAACCGAGCCAAACCAAACCAAACCAAACCACACAAGAUCAGACAAACAAAGCCAUGGACACCGCCGCCUCCGAAACCGUUUGCGCACAGGCAACGCUGACCCACGGUUGGGUCGUCCAUAGCUGCCUGGUGCUCAGCUUUGCGCUCUUUCGGCUCUCGAUCGAUCUGAUCCAGACGGCGAGCGCAAAAACUAGAAAACACUUUCGGGAGAGCCACCACGGAGCCGCCGAGAGUGCCCCCGCUGCGAAGAACAAGAAGAAGGCCACGAACCAGAAGAAGGCCGGCUACGGGAGCAUCGACACCGGCGAGACCGCCCCGGCGGGGGAGGCCGACCCGCUGCUUCCCGGAGGAGAAGCCUCCCCUUCCGGCGACACGCUCGCAACGUGGUCCCUCCGGCUGCAGUCGGUCCUCCUGGCCGUCCUGCUCGUGGCCGCGUGGACCGAAAGGUCCUGCGUCCUGCCGGAAGGAACCCUCCGGACCUGCGCCGCCGCCCUGGCCUUUGGUUUGGUGCUGACCCACCGCGACAGGGGCCGGGAACGCCUCGGGUACGUCUCGCGCUUCUUUUACGCCGCCACCGGGAUCGGCCUGGCGGUCCCCGUGGCGCUGGCCUGCCUCGGGAAGACUGCAAGCGCCGGCCCAUGGGACGCGGCCGUGGUCCUUGCUUUGGGGCUCUAUGGUGUGCUGGCCCUGGCGGAGUCCUUCGGCCUCCCGCUGCCGCGCCCGGACGCAAGGGAUGCCCAUGCACCGCCCGGGGGCCUCUCCACGGCCGCCAUUGCCCAGCUCCUCCGGCCCUACGUCUGGCCGGACAAGACCUCCGAGUCGGCGAUCGUGAACCGCGUCCGCGCCAUCCUCACGUGGGUCUGCGUCGUGGCCUCCAAGGCCUGCAACCUCACGGCGCCCAUCCUGGUAAGCAUUGUGCCACGGCGGUGCCUCCGAACCCUUUGUGUGUGUGUGUGGGUGUGUGUGUGUGUGUGUGUGUGUGUGUGUGUGUGUGUGUGUGUGUGUGUGUGUGUGUGUGUCUGCAAUCCAAUCCAAUCUCAUAUGCCUUGUGCACAACACGAUACUGGUUCUUCUGUCACUCGUUCCACAGCUCGGAAAGGCUUCGACGGCGCUGGCGCACCAGCAAUAUGGGCUCUGCAUGUAUCUUUCCUCUGCGUGUAAGUAAAGAACCACGAUGCAAAGCUAUGGAUCCAAUGUGCUGUACCCGAGAAUCACUCUUUCUUCGGAAAGCUACCCGUUCGAGCAACCAACCAUCAUGUUCUACACAUCAAACAGGAUGGAUCUCACCCCGUCACUUUGUAUUCGGACUCUUCAAACCUACAGAUGCUGCCAUCCAGUUUUUCGGAUCGCUGUUCAAAGAGGGACAAAGCCUGAUCUAUCUGCGCGUUGCACAGGCCGGAUUCGUACAGCUCUCCGAGACGACCUUCGUUCACCUCCAUCGAUUGAGUCUGGACUGGCACCUCCGAAAGAAGCUGGGAGAGGUCAUGCGAUCGAUGGACCGAGGAAUCGCGGCCUGCGACACGCUGAUGAAAUACCUCUUCCUGUGGCUGGUUCCGGCCCUCGCGGAAUGCAUCAUCGUCUGCGUCAUGUUUGCGACCUACUACAGCUAUGCCCCGCUGUCCAUUGUUGUCUUCUACUCGGUGUGGAUCUACAUCGUAUGGACCAUCAUUCUCACGCUGCAGAGAAAAAAGUUCCGCAAGGCCGUGGUUCGGUCGGACAACGAGUGGUAAGUGCGCUGCGAUGGGGUGCGAUGCGAUGCGAUGCAACGGGAUGGGAUGCGAUUCGAUUCGAUUCGAUUCGAUUCGAUUCGAUUCGAUUCGAUGCGGAGACACGCAGAGGUUCAACACGAGGCAGCAAAGAGCUGCACCGCUCUCACCCAGUUGCGCUUUAUCGUCUCUAUUACUAUUACUCCUACUACUGCCAGGCACGAUCGUGCGACGGAUUCUCUGGUCAACUUCGAAACCGUAAAGCACUUCACGGGAGAAGAGUAAGUUACUUGGAUGUCGUUCACAGCCGUCGGUCAAACUUUGAACAAUGGCUAACCAUCACUGUCUAUUUUUUUCGAUACCGACAACAAAGGUACGAAAGGCAGCGCUUUGGAGAAUCGAUCGCAAGAUAUCAAGCGGGAAGUGUCAACGUACAAGCGACCCUUUCGUUCCUGAACAUCACCCAGAAGUUCAUCUUGCAGGUGUGUUUGGCUGCCUCCCUGAGUUUGGCGGCACUGGGAAUCAAACAACGCAGCGACUGCUGCAUCGAUCAGGGGUGCGAUUCGGGUGUCUCUGGGUGCUGCCAGGCCAUCGACCACGACACUUGUCCCGGAAUGGAGGUUGGUGACUUUGUUGCGGUGCUGACGUUUACGAUGCAACUCUUCCAGCCCCUGAACUUUCUGGGAAGUGUCUACAACGCCAUUGUCAUGGCGAUUGUGGAUCUGACGAACCUCUCGCAGCUUCUGGCACAAGACCCCGACAUCAAAGACAAUCCGGACGCCAUGAUCCUCCCCCUGUCCAACGAAACCGAGGAAGACGUUGCCGUUGAAUUCGACAACGUUUACUUCCAUUACCCUACGCAGCCCGAAUCGAAGGGCUUGAAAGGGAUUUCCUUCAAAAUGAAGCGGGGCACCACCACGGCCAUUGUCGGCCCCACCGGUACGUAUAGCGCAAUCGAGAGCGACGAAGCAUUCUUUGCAAAACCAUUGUUGCGAAAGCUCGGCAACCUAACUCUUCUGCAUCAAACGAUUCUCUCCACAUUGCCAUCGCAGGGGCUGGGAAGACCACGAUUUCCCGUCUUUUCUUUCGAUUUUAUGAUGUAUUGGGUGGAGCGGUCAAAAUAAACGGGAAGGACGUCCGGACCGUGUCACAAAAGUCUCUCCGAUCGAGCAUUGGCGUCGUUCCACAGUCUGCGAGCAUGUUCAACGAUACGAUCCGAGAGAACAUUCGAUACGGUCGACGGGGCGCAACGCAGGAAGAGCUGGAACAAGCCGCCAGAGAUGCCCAGCUGCUGGGCUUCAUCGAGAGCAUGGACAACGGCUGGGACACCGUCGUCGGAGAUCGCGGGCUCAAGCUGAGCGGCGGCGAAAAGCAAAGAGCCGCUAUCGCACGGUGUUUGCUGAAGGACCCACCCUUUGUCCUCUUGGACGAGGCCACCUCGGCACUCGGUGAGUCAACCUCGUGUCGUCUUUCCUUUCGCACGAAUGUUUGCAACGAAAGCUCCUCGUCGUGUUCUCACCAAAACUCGUUUCUCCCGUUUCAGACACCAUUACCGAAAGCAGUGUGCAAGAGGCCCUGGAUCGGCUGGGAUCGCAUCGCACCGUCUUGGUCAUUGCCCAUCGCUUGGGCACCAUUCGCAACGCCGACAAGAUCAUCGUGUUGAAAGACGGCGUGGUACACGAGGAGGGGACGCACGACGAGCUGUUGGAGAAAGACGGCAUGUACGCGAGCAUGUGGAACCGGCAGUUGCAUUCCACGAGCAAUUCUGGAAGCCAAGUGAGUCUAUUCACCGAGGAUGGCGAGGAGUAGUCGACACUGCCAAAACAAACCACUAUUUGCGUGUUGAGCAUCUUUGAAGCAUCGCACGCCACUGCUCCGUGGCAUGAAAAAAGAGGGAAAUGACUAAUAUUAUGAAUAGAUCUGGAGCGAAUUCCAAAUGAAUUGCUCGCGCCCAAAAACUUUCGUUAGUAACGUAGAUCUGCAUCAGAUUCCUAUCGACAAAGGUACCUGUGACAUAGUUGUAUUUGGUUCCUUCUUCGUUCUUUGAGAGCUUGCCACAGUAUGCCACAAAUACGAUUUCUACAAUAUUCGGCCUGGUCUACGAUGGUAAAGAAAUUUUCAAGUUGAGGGCGGGAACAACUGAUUUGAAAUCCUUAAGGAAAACAAUAUAUUGCUACUGUUGGAUACACACCCAUCGAUUCUUUUCAGAUGUGACAUUGAUUGCCUUUUGAUCCAAUCCGGAUUUGCAGCUCAAUCGAUUUUUUCACGACCACCCAUCGGAAUAGAAACCAGUGCCAACAAAAUAAUGCUGAUCAUUCCACAACUCACUCCUAAAAUGCAAAUUAUCACGCCAGCAAACAUGGGAGAUAUAUUGUAGGUUUCGUUCAAAUGCUCUAGGAAUUCCAUGGCUCUUGAUCCGCCAAAAAUCAGAGCUCCCUGCAGCAAACCCAGUGGACCCAUUGGGGAGUUCAUGAAAGAAAUUGGCUGGAAGAUUCGAGACAGUGAUUGCAAUCAAAGAUCGAUUUUUAAUCAGCGGUGGGUUAGUUUUGAGUCGAUACAAAUGGCUUAGAAUUCUGAUUCUCGUUUUUGUAUUGUAAGACACGUACUUUCUUCUUCUCGUAUCCGCCUUUGGCAGCCUCUAUCAGAGACGUUACACUGUAGGCUCCGUCGAGUUCAUAAACAUCCCAACCAGUUACAAUGAAAAAGGAAGGAUAUUGAUGGAUACCAAACCGCGUCGAGAGAGCCUUUUCGGCGUUACAAUUAACUCUGGCAACGCGGAUGUUUUUGUCGGGGUCCGAAUGGAACUGUUGCGCAAUGGCCUUGUAGCUCGGUUCGAACUGCACGCAGUAUUUGCAGCUCGGAGUGUAGAAUUCGAUCAACCAAACCAUGCCAUCUCCUAUACCAACAAUGCCCGCAAAAUCUUUCGACGUUAGCUCGAUUGGUUCGAGGCCAAGCUUUUCGGGUUCGUCCGAGGCUGCAGGCGUCGCGACUUCCGCUCCCAAAGCAAUACUGUUUGACUCCGUCAAUAUCCACGACAGUGCGGUUGCGAACGCAAGGAAGAUCCAUCGUUUGCUUUUCAGGAGCGAGAAUUUCGAUCUCGAUCGAUGAUUUGUAGCUGCUGUCAUUUUCUUCCUUCCUUCCUUCCUUGUGUGAUGGUUGUUUCUUUCUUAUAUUCGACAAGACCUCACGGUGAACAAAUCUUCACUUCAGGU